AUGGCGGAUUCUCGUGAAAGCGAAGCUGAUUUCAAAGAUCGACUCCACGCAAAAUUGCAAAACUCGGGCGAGCUUGAGAAGCUCAAACAGACGCUGAGAGACAGACUCCAAGAAUGCGGAUGGACCGAUUCCAUGCGCAAGAUUUGCAAAGAAAAAGUGCGCGCGUCGAGUAUUGAAAACGUCUCGAUCGACGAUUUGGUGAACGAAGUAACGCCGAUCGGAAGAGACCAAGUACCAGCUGAGAUCAAAAAUGAAAUUCUUCUGAAACUCCGCGCCUUCCUCGACGAAGAAGCCUAG